CUUCCACAUAUAUAGCUUGUGGUUUGAUCGAACGAUCGUUUGAAAAAAUAUAUAUUUAGGAAUCGCCCCGAACACCAUCACAACACCCGUACACCCCUUUGAUACUGGAGGACAACUUGAAUAUUUUGCACUGCCACCACAUUUGCUCGCGCGCAACCAGUACAGAGGUAGGCGCACUAUAGAGCGGGCGGUCGUCAACUCCAGAAAUUUCUCACCAAGUGUUUGGUCAUCAAUCUGUCGCCGUGGCGGUCCAAAAUCCCAACGUCCGUCAACCCUCCCAGCAGCCCUCAACCCGCACGACUGGCAACGGGGACGUGGGGUCUCACGCGAAACGCCGGAGUAGCACUGAGGACGCGGACAACGAAUCUGGUGGGGCAAGACUAGAUAGUAACGACACGAGAGCAGAAUUCAAGCGGUAUCAAUUCGCGUCUGGCAGAGGCGGUCAAUGCCCGGGUCCUCUGGACCACCUGCGUGUAGGGGAACCGGAUCCGAUGUCGCAGAGGGAACCUGCGUCACGAUCUACUUCACCUCGGACGUCCAGGUCUCCUCCAGCAGGCGCGAGCACAUCACCAAAUCAAUACCAGCCAGAUCCUCGAAGGUCUAUCAAUCACCCAGGAAACUUUGGGCCAUUGGAGAGCAGUGUUAUUCCCCGAACUAAUGGAGACCUGACACAGUCAUUGCCCCAAAGGGGUUUCGGUGUGCGGAACAUCUUGAACCCAGCAGAAACGCAACCAUCGCCAACGGGGACAUCCUCCUCAGCUACCUCUGGACCAUCCGGUGGGCAACCUUUGAAUCCGAGCCCGGGCUUGCAAGGCUCCGCCUUUGAAUCUAGUCCAACCGCCUCGCGGCCUUUCAUGUUCCAAGGGCAUGGGAUGAGCCAGCAACAGGGAAACCCAGCGGCUGGAGGCCAACCUCCGCUAGGGCCGCAACCUCUCGAUCGCGGCUCUCCCGCGUCAGCACAGUCUCAUCUAGGAACUCGACGAAUCCUAACUCCCAGAUCUCCUCGAGUUAGUGCCGCAGGCCACAUACCACCACCUCAAGCCUUAAGCGCUCCUCAAUCACAUUAUUACCCUGCUCCCACCGCACCAAACCGAGGCUAUCCAACCGAGCCUCCCGCUCCAGGACAGCACCACUCGCCGCGAAUUGGUGGGCCCCAGCCUUUGGCGCCUCAGUUCGGACGAGUUCACUCUGGAGUUGGUCCUCCGACUACUCUAGCUCCAUUAACGACACCACCUCCUCGGUCGCUCUCCCAGCCCAUUGCCAGCCAGUUCAACCCGCCAGGACAAGAACCACAACAAUCACAAGGUAGUUCUGCCAGUCAGAUCAGGCCUCAUGGUUAUGGUCCGAGUUCGCCAUAUACUUCGGGUAUUCCGCCCAGUAGCCGAGGUUUCCCGUCUUCUCUAGGAGAUUCGAGAUGGCCAGGUGUGCUUGGAAGUGCGUCCCAAGUGGGACCAUCAGGUAUUCGGGGCAUGGUGGGAGUGGAGGGACAUGCAGCCAUGAACGUCGGCGGCGAGCCAUUAAUCGUGCCGUUAGACAUGUACAAUGGAUCCAAACAGGCAGAUGAGAAGCGCCAACGAAAUGCGGGCGCCUCUGCGCGGUUUCGAGCUAGAAAAAAGGACAAGGAAAUACAACAAGGGCUAAGAAUACAAGAGCUAGAAAGUCAAAAUCGCGAGCUUCAGAAGCGACAGCAAGAAGCGGAGAGCGACCGGGAUAGAUAUCGUAGCGACCGGGAUCGCCUCCGCGAAAUCGUCUACCGAACUCCUGGAAUCAGCGAACUUGCUUACCAAGGGCCUCCGAGUCCCAUUUCGACAAGAAGUGGUGGAUCUUUCGCAGAAAGAAGCCCACUCGGGUCUAACCCACCUUCUCUACCGAUGCCAUCUUAUGGAGCUACUGACCCCAUGACUGGUGAAAGGGCAGCACGGCGACGACGAACAGACCCUCAGCUCGAUUAUAGCCCAUCUUAUGCUACAGUUCAGACUAGCCUACCAUCGAUGCCCCAGCCCACUCAUACUCCUCUAUCUCAACCUGGAACCCCUUCGGCUAUGGCUCGAACUUCACGACUACCACCUCUACGACUAGAUCAACCGGCUGGAACACCAAGCACUGUACCAUCCGCCUCGGGCACCCCAGUACAAAGUUUCGCACCGUAUAAGCGAGAACCAUACGAAACUGGAUGGGCAACCCGACCUAGUGCGCCACCGCAUGAUCCAAGCCAGCGUUGAACAUAAAAUCUCGAGUUCGACAAACCUCC